CACUCUUUCUUCGGCCAUUUCCUCGCUUGUGUAGUGGGUCGAUUCGCCUAUCCGUUCUGUUCUGUGUCUUCCAGGUUAGUACAAUCCUGCUCUUUUCUGUUUUUGCUUUGCUUUGUUGGAGGCGUAUGGGGUUUAUAGCUCUACAGUGAGCUUGUCAAGAUGGCGGAUUCUUUCGACAAGUAUUUCUUCGAGAUCGCGAUUGCAACACCGCUUCCCUUCAUUGGAGACGGAGGCGUCGACAACGACAGCAACCUCGCGACCACAAGUUCUCAUACUUGUUCUCAACUUUCUGCCGUUCCGUGGUCCUUGAUGAUUCGGCCCACUGUUCUUCCGUCGCCUGUUGUCAAGGAGCCGAGCAAGAAGCGUAAGCCAGAUUUCAGCAUCUUCGUUGACACAGAUACCGCCAACGACACCUCAAGGUCUAUCUCCACCCCGAAAAGGUCUAGGACGGGUAUUCCGCGCACUCCGUUGAGCGACAUGACUUUCUCUACUGCUUCCACGCCAGCGCCGUCUCCUCGUCUUCCUGACACCCCAUUCCCCUUCUCGGCCGCCGACCCUAACUGGGAGAACAUUGAGAACCACGAUUCCUACAUCAGAACUCCUCCCGCGACACCGCUUGGACCUCCUCCUACGCCGACAGUUCCUUCUGGCCCACCACCGCUGUCCGCACGCGCCCUUCGUCCUCGCCGCGCCCGUGCUUCUUCGUCAGCGAACCUCCUUCCUCCGGUCAAUAUGCUGGCCUACGAGAUGCUCGGUCUAAAAACUUGGAGAGUCAGCUCGGUCGGUAUCAACCUCGCCUAUCACAAGGCAGCAGCCACAAGCCACCCGGAUAAGGCCGCUCCCCAGGAGAAGGAGUAUGCAACGAUAGAUAUGCAGCAGAUCAACGCUAUCAAAGAGAUGCUGCUGGACACGGAGACCCGCACCAAGUACCACAGGGACGGAGUCAUACCUUGGGUCAUUUGAGAUCCUAACGUAUUGUUGUCAAGCUAAUGAUACGAUGGCCAUGGUACGACUACAGUGCUAGGUUUGUAUAAGAGAUGCUGGAGAAUUGUUGACAGGAUUUUGCCGCCUGUGGCAUACCAGAAGUUCCUCAAACAGUUGAUACGAUGAGUAUGAGCAUGAUGGUUAGAGGCCGGUGGUAAUGAUGCGAAGUUUUUCAGCGUGACGAUGGGGACUAAUGGGCGAUGGUGGGAGUAUUAAGUACCGGGGGAAGAUGCUUGCUUUGUUGCGUUCACGACACCUACUUCUAGUCGCUACGUCCCAAAAUUCGUUAUGAUAGCUACGUUU